CCCACCGUCUGCUCGAGCGGCCGCCGCCAUGUCGACUUCCUCUCUGCGCCGCCAGAUGAAGAACAUUGUGCACAACUAUUCAGAGGCGGAAAUCAAGGUGCGGGAGGCCACCUCGAAUGACCCCUGGGGCCCGUCCAGCUCCCUCAUGUCCGAAAUCGCUGAUCUCACUUACAACGUGGUGGCCUUCUCUGAAAUCAUGAGCAUGAUCUGGAAGCGUCUCAACGACCAUGGCAAGAACUGGCGUCACGUCUACAAGGCCAUGACUCUGAUGGAGUACCUGAUCAAGACUGGCUCGGAGCGGGUGGCGCAGCAGUGCAAGGAGAACAUCUACGCCAUCCAGACGCUGAAAGACUUCCAGUACGUCGACCGGGACGGCAAGGACCAGGGGGUCAACGUGCGGGAGAAGGCCAAGCAGUUGGUGGCCCUCCUGAAGGACGAUGAGCGCCUCAAAGAGGAGCGAGCCCACGCCCUCAAGACCAAGGAGAAGCUGGCCCAGACCGCCACUGCUUCUUCGGCUUCCUCGUCCUUGGCGAAUGCCCCCGUGGAAGCUGAGCAGGCCUGGCCCCAAAGCAGCGGGGAGGAGGAGCUGCAGCUACAGCUGGCGCUGGCCAUGAGCAAAGAGGAAGCGGAGCAGGUAAGCGCCAAGCACAAGGAGCCUUCGCCAGACGCCAGAGGCUCUGAGAGAACCGAUCUGCAGGGUCCAACCCGUUGUCCCCCUGCAGUGGCCGACGAAGACCUACAGCUCCAGCUAGCCCUUAGCUUGAGCAAAGAGGAGCACGACAAGGAGGAGCGGAUCCGGCGCGGGGAUGACCUGCGGCUCCAGAUGGCCAUUGAGGAGAGCAAAAAGGAGUCGGUGCCCACGAAGGAGGAGUCAUCACUCAUGGAUCUUGCUGACGUCUUCACUACCCCGCCUGCUGCCGCCGAUCCCUGGGGAGGCCCCCCUGCCCCCACUGACCCCUGGGGUGGCUCUGCCCCAGUUGUGCCCGCAGCUCCCUCCGACCCCUGGGGACCAUCUGCUACUGGAGCAGCCUCUACAGGAGGAGACCCGUGGGGGCCCCCCGCAGCACCCCCCGCAGUCCCGUCAGACCCCUGGGGAGGUGCCUCAGCUGCAAGCACCGACCCCUGGAAACCUGAAGGUGGGGGUCCCGCAGGGACGACAGCUGUACCGCCCGCAGACCCCUGGUCGUCUGGUCCAGCAGCGGCAUCUCAAGGGAAACCUGCGCCCGAUCCUUGGGCUCCUGCCUCGACGUUCUCAGACCCCUGGGGCGGUUCCCCUUCUAAGCCCAGCACCAACGGCACUGCAGCCGGCGGAGGCUUUGAGCAGUUUGGCAGCCCCUGCGAUGGGGACGAGUUCUCGGAUUUCGACAGCCUGCGUCCGGCGCUGCCCAAAUCUGGGAGCAGCACAGGUGAGCUGUCACUCUUAGCCGGGGAGGUGCUGGUUUCCCGGGCCGGCAUCGGCACCGACAGCCCCAACGCUUUCGACAUGGCGACCGUGGGUGGAUCGUUACCCGAGGCCUCCAAGCCGACGCGCAAGACCCCGGAGUCGUUCCUGGGUCCCAACGCUGCCCUCGUCGACUUGGACUCGUUGGUCAGCAAGCCUUCUGUCCCCUCCAGCGCUGCAAAGACCUCCAACCCCUUUCUGGCCCCUGGUUCAGCCUCCGCUCCCGCCCCGCCCGCCUCCGCCACGAACCCCUUCCAGGCGACGGCUGCCACCCCCCUUUCGCUCAACCAGCUGCGCGUCAGUCCGGUUCUCCCUCUUUCCCAGCCAACGCCCCCAGCUUUCCCCGCCACGGCUCCCAUGGUCUCCGUGUCCCCCAUGGCCCCCGGGAUGCCCCUGGCCUCGGUUUCCCCGAUGGUGGGGGUGCAACCCUUGGGGGCCGUCCCGCCCAUGGGCCUCCCCGCCAUGGGGCUGCCCCCUCCCGCCAUGCCCCCCGCCGGCAUCGUCCCCAGCAACGCCUCGGCCACCGCCAUGGGGAGCACCAAUCCAUUCUUGCUAUAAUCAGGGG